AUGGCAGGCGCACCCCUCACUCUCAUCGCCUUCCAGGCUAUUGCAACGUCAGUCGCCAUUGCACUUGGGACCUCCAUCCUCGCUACUCUUUUUCUGCGCCUCCUUUCUUCCCAGAAACAUCGCAAGCGCCAACCCUCGUUCCCGCCUGGACCACCCGGCGUCCCUGUCAUAGGCAACCUCUGGGAUAUGCCUUCGGUUCGCCCUUGGGAGGGUCUCCGAGAACUCAACGGCCAGUACGGCGACGUCAUGGGCAUGCGAAUCCUCGGCCAGUCCAUCGUCAUUCUCGGUAGUGCCGGUGCGAUUACUCAAUAUCUGGAUCGCAACUCCACGAAGACAUCUAGCCGACCGUACAUACCCACCGUUGAGCUUCUCGGGCAGACGAAUGGAUUUUCCUUGAUGCCCUACGGGUCAGAAUGGCGAACCUGCAGGCGCGCAUUCUGGCAGCACUUCAACCCCAAGGCGGUACCCAAGUACACGGCAGCGAUCCAGUCGUCUGUACGGGUGGUCUUGCACAAGCUUCUCAACGCCCCGGAGCGCUGGGAGCAGCACCUCUCAGACUCCGUCUCCGCCACGCUCGUGAAGGUCGUGUAUGACCUUGACGUCAAGGACGAGAACGAUGAGGUACUCAAGGCCAUCGAGCUUGGACUGGAAGGAGGACGGGAGGCGCUGAUCCCAGGGCGAUUCCUCGUCGACAGCCUGCCCUUCCUUCGGUUCUUGCCGUCUUUCUUCCCCUCCCAGCGUCACUUCGCUCGGCUCAGUGACCAGAGGAGCCACAUGUUCGACCUCCCGUACGCUCUGCACAAGGCUGCUGCGUCGCGCAACGAAGCCGGAGAUUGCAUCAUGACGGACAUCAUAUCGAGCAUCGCAGGUGACACCGAAGACGCGCAAUACAGCGCCAAGUCCGCAGAGGCGUACAAGGUAGCCAAGGCCGUGCUCUCGACCACGUUUGCCGCGGGAUUGGACACGGGCAACUCUAUCCUCAAGACGUUCUUCUUGGCGAUGUCCCUGAACCCGGACGUCCAAGCCCGCGCUCACUCCGAACUCGACGCGGCAGUGGGCCGCGAUCGGCUUCCAGACCUCGAGGAUCGCGAGGCGCUCCCGUACCUGAGCGCCAUUUUCCUCGAGACGCUGCGCUGGAUGCCCGCAGCCCCGCUUGGGCUCGUGCAUUGCACCGAUGAGGACGACACCUUCGGUGAAUAUUUCGUGCCCGCUAAUACCACGAUCAUCCCCAAUAUUUGGGCAUGCAUGCACGACCCGGACGCGUACGACCGGCCGGGAGCCUUCAUGCCCGAAAGGUUUCUCCGUGACGGGAAGCUGAACCCCGCCGUCCGGAACCCGUUCGACUUCGUCUUCGGCUUCGGUCGACGGGUCUGUCCCGGAAGGCACUACGGGGACGCGAUGCUCUUCCUGCACAUGGCGUGCGUUCUCCACGUGUUCCGCAUUCAGCCGUCCGUCGACAAAGACGGGGCUCCGAUCGUCGUCGAGCCGAAGAUGUUCAACUCCUUUGUCUCGUGGCCCGAGGACUGUCGCUGCACGGUCGUCCCCAGGACGAGCGAGCUGUCCGCGUUGAUCUAA